AUGUCCGUAUUAAAUUCAUCGAUAUGGAUGGCGAUUGGGUUUUCAACCUUAGUCGGCCUAUACAUGUUGUUUCAUGGCAAUGGAGAAGCUUUUGAUGUUGGAAGCUUUCUUCUUCAGACCAGCCCCUAUACCUGGGGCUUGCUAGGCAUUGCCAGCUGUGUCGCUUUUGGUAUUAUUGGAGCAGCUUGGGGUAUUUUUAUUUGUGGAAGUUCUAUUUUGGGUGGUGCUGUUAAAGCGCCCCGAAUCAAAACCAAAAACUUGAUCAGUAUCAUUUUCUGCGAAGUGGUAGCCAUCUAUUCCCUGAUUAUAGCCAUUGUCUUCUCUGGAAAGUUAAAUGCUGUCGGUGCUUCUCACCUAUAUACCAAGUCCAAUUAUUACACUGGCUUCGCUAUCUUUUGGGGAGGACUCACCGUUGGUCUUUGCAAUUUAAUUUGCGGCGUCUGCGUUGGUAUUACUGGCAGUAGUGCUGCCCUAGCUGAUGCGCAAGAUGCUUCCUUGUUUGUAAAAGUAUUGGUUGUCGAAAUUUUUGGAAGUGUUCUGGGUCUGUUUGGCUUAAUUGUGGGUUUGUUGGUUGGCGGAAAAGCCCUCGACUUUGCUUGA